GCUCUAUUUUCGUUAAAUGCAAUCGUCAAGAAAUGAAAAAGUAGAAAUCCCCAUUUCUCCUGAAACCUAAUCAGAAAAAAAAAUUCUCACCAUUCAUCUACUCAUACAAAUUCAUGGCUGCAAAAGUGUUUAGUGGAGCGAAUGUAUGCCUGUCUCGGAAUCUGGUCCCACCGGAGCUCUUCGACGCGCUGCACGACGCCUUAAAGUUCAACGGCGCCCAGGUUAUCCUCAGCUGCGACCCCUCGCGCAAUGGACCCGCCGACUAUCACGUCAUCGCCUCGGCAGAGCAUGAGAAGUUUGAGUAUCUUCGAUCGAAGGACUGUAAAUUGCUCGGUCCUCAAUGUGUGUUGUUCUGUGCGAAAGAGCGUAGAAAGCUACCUAAUCAUGGAUAUACUUGCUGCUUUGCACUGGAUGGUGUAAAUAUAGUUACAUCUGGUUUUGAUGAGGAUGUAAAGGCCAAUAUUGGAAAGAAGGUCACUGCUAUGGGAGGACAACUAACAAAAAAAGCAUCAUCAGAUGUCAGUUUCGUAAUUGUGAAGGAUGUCCUUGUCCAAAAAUACAAGUGGGCUCUAACCCAAGUGAAAAAACCAAUAGUCACAACAGAAUGGCUGGACCAAUGUUGGAAAGAACACCGUGUAGUUUCUCAUGAACCUUACAGGGUUCCUCCUUUUUCUGGACUGACUAUAUGUGUUAGUGGAAUUCCUGCAGAUGAACGUAAGGAAAUGGAGAAGCUUAUCAUACAAAACGGUGGGAUAUAUUCAGCUGAGCUGACAAAGAGAUGCUCUCAUUUGAUAUGCGAUGCUCCUGAAGGUGACAAGUAUAUGGUUGCAAAAAGAUGGCGUAUCAUAUACAUAGUUAACAGGAAAUGGUUUCAUCAGUCUAUUGCCAGAAGAGCAUGCCUUAUGGAAGCCUCCUUCCCAGUUCAACAAUCAUCUUCUGUUAGUACUUUAAAGACAUUGGAGCAUCACACUCAAGGCAAAUGCACCCGAAAUUCGCAGCCUAUCUCAUCAUCUAACCCCAGUGUCUCAGAAUCAGACACCAAUCUUUCUGCUCAGGAUAUGAAACCUGAUGUGGAGAAUCUCCUGACAAACAUCCUAUGCACAUCUCCUGAGGUUCCUCACAUGUCUAAAAGGGGAAAUGACGGACCUACUGAAAAACAGAAAAAUGUUCCUGAUUUUACUCAAUGUGUUGCUGAUGAUUCUGAAAGUGAGGAUGGUGAUCUGUACUUGUCUGAGUGCAGAAUUUUACUUUUAGGCUUCGAGGCUUCUGAAUUGCGGAAGCUAGUCAGUAUGGUUCGCCAGGGCGGGGGCUCUCGAUAUAUGUCCGUUAGGGAGAAUUUGACUCACGUGGUAGUUGGAAAUCCAUCAGAAAAAGAAAUCAAGGAAAUAAGGAGCCUUGCAGCUUUUGGAGUUAUUAGUAUUGUCAAAACAUCAUGGCUCGAAGAAUGCAUCAAAAAAAAGAAAGAUGUCCCUGUGUUUCAGGGUCACAUUGCUUAUGAUUUACUUCUUCAAAAAGAUUCUGUAGUCAUUAAUGGGACUACUGCAACUAGCUUAGCAUGUUUGAAAGUAGGGAAUCUCUCUGUUCCUAAGCUUGCUGACAAUAACAUUGUUGAGAACGAGAAUUCUCAAUCAGACAUAUUAUUUGGUUUGAAAGAAGACAGUAAGGUGAAGGGGCAAAGCAUAUUGAACAAUGGCAUCAAAGAUAUGAAGUCUUCAACUGUAUUUAGGGGGAAGCUCUUUCAGUUUUCAAGCACAUUUCCUGAAGAACAAAGACCCGAAAUAGUGAUGUGGGUUACUGAAGGUGGUGGCAAGGUUGUUCCAGAUCAAAACAGAAAAUAUGUGCACUUUAUUGUCGAGCGCCAUGGUGUAGUUUCCUCUCUGACACAUGCAUCCUCGACUUCUUAUAUUACCCCUCAUUGGAUUCAUUCUUGUAAAGAGGAGGGAUGUUUGCUGGAUAUUGGCAGUCACAUUCUCUAUUCUCCACUUCAAUGCAAAAUACCGUUACCUGGAUUUGAAGCAUAUCGCCUCUGUGUUUUGGGGUAUGACAUGAAAGAAAAACAGCUGUUGAGAAAUUUGUGCUUUAUUCUGGGGUUGAAGUACGCUGAGAAACUUACAGAGAAAGUGACUCAUUUAUUAAGUAAAUUUGCUCAAGGUGAUAAGUAUCAGGCUGCUUGUAGAUGGGGAAUGAAUGUAGUUACAGCUGACUGGAUAUAUGAAUGCGCUAAGCAGAAUAAAGUUGUUGAUGUGAAAUGGUUUCUCCCUAAAGAGCUUACUUCUCAAGACAGGCAACCAGGAACUUAUUUUAUGAGCCAAUAUCCUGCUCACUCUGAUAGGAGUACAUCUGCAGAUGAUGUCUCUCAACUCCCGAGUCAGCCACAUGAUUUGGGAAAUGUGCAUACCAUUGAUUCCUCGGUUUUGUCAAGAGAUGAGGAACUUUAUUCUAGUAGUAAUAAGAGGGCGAAAUUAUUAGGCAGUCAUAUUGAAAAGCAUUCUUCGUCUAGUUUCACUGUCGACAAUUUUGUCAGUAGGAUGAAUUAUGCGGAUAACAAUACUGAAAAUAAUAGAGUUCCAUCUGUAGUUCCUGAUGUUGCUGCAGUUAUAGAGGAUUUGUUGGAGCAAACAAGCAAGAUUCAGGAUCUGAAGUCAAAGGAGACAAAUAGUAGCCAUGAAACUUUUUUGUCUUCUAAUUCUACAAUGCUUGGUCAAAGGCAUGCUGCUUCCCCUUCUGAACUAGGUCCACAAAAGCAAUGGAUCAAUAGGUCAGAUGAAAGGGAUGAUAAUCCCUCUGAUGAUAAAGUACCGAGGGGAUUUUAUGAUGGUUUUAGUGAAACACAGAGUGAUUCUCAGGUGGUUGGUUAUGAAGAAGAUCUGUCUGGUAGGCAAAUGAUUAUUGAUAGAGUGAGAACGAGGAGUAGCAUGCCCGGCUCAUAGUGUGUGUGCCGUACCUAUAACGGUCCUAAGGUAGUGAAAUUCCUUGUCGGGUAAGUUCCGACCCGCACGAAAGGCGUAACGAACUGGGCACUGAUCCAUUACGUGUCCAAGGCCUUUUGGUCUUCUUGGCAUCUGUUAUUUUGCCACAAAUAUAUUUAGUUCUUAAAAAGAAACAGUUCGCGAAGGUUCAAUUGGCCGAAAUGAAUUUCUAGACUCGCGGAUUUAUCGACAUCUGGUUCGUGAAAAGAACAAUUGUGUGUCUGUGUGUGUCGCUCUGUGCAAAUUGACAGAACCAGAGAACCAGCACAAGCACCGGCACAAUUCGAUUUGUAUUCAUGAACUAUUCAAAUAUCCAAUUCUAUAUUUGACUAAUUUUUGAAUGUCAAUAUUGAUCUGUGUGAAAUUAUUAGAUCGAAUUUUUUUUGGAUUGUAUUCUGAACAAAAUGUGUACAAAGAUUUGUUUUUUGGCUCU